AUGGAGUUCCUGCAGAGCCAUCACUCGGCCAACACCACCGAGACACCCUACAUCCUCGGCACAGGGUCCGUAGGUAGCAUCGAGGCGACGAUCCCCUCGGGCCUGUGCUCAGGUGCGCUGGGAGUGCUCUCGAGCGAGGACACGUUGGCGGACGGGCAGAAUGAGGUGGGACUAGGGUCCUUGCAGGGCACCCUGCGCCUGCAGGACCUGCAGAGCUCGCCGGAGGACCUCGGCGCCGAGCAGGCCCAGCAGAUCCAAAAUUCGGCCCAAAGUCAGGUGGUCGGCGAGUUCGGGGCCAGCUUCUGGGUGGACGACAUGGCCGGCUUCCCCCUGCCGCCCCUGGACCUCGAUCCCCUGCCCCCUGGCCUCUUCAGCCCCUGCUCGGGCACCUACAACUGGGGAUGCACCAGGGGCGAGUGCGUGCCGAGGACGAGCAACGCAAACGGCGAGGAGGUGGCGGAUGUCCUGUUGUCCCUGAAACACGCAGUAGUGCAUCCUGGGAGUCCCACGGGAGGAUAUUACGGUUCUGGAGCGCCCUCUCACCAUUACCCUCAGGACUAUGCACAGAACCUGGGGGCUCCGGUGCUGCCCUCGCACUACACUCCUGGCCCCGUCAUGUCCGUCAACGUCUCCAUGAACAUGACCAUGAACAUGAACAUGCACCACGGGUACGAGCAGAGCUAUUCGUCGGCGUGGGGAGUCGAGCCCCUGCUGAGCCCUGCCCCCCAGUACAACCCCGUGGAGCCUGCGGCGAGGGUGAACCAACCCCCGGCCAAUGGACUCAUCGGGGCGCACCCCCACGGACAUCCGCACCCCCACCCCCACCCCCGGCUCCAAGCCGGCGAGCAUGCGCUCUGCAUCGGGGGGGUGGGGGCCAACGUCACCCCCGACGACAACGGGCGACCUAACCUCUGCCGCAUCUGCGGGAAAACCUACGCUCGGCCCAGCACCCUCAAGACCCACCUCAGGACCCACUCCGGGGAGAAGCCCUUCAGGUGUCACGCGUGCUCGAAGGCGUUCAGCCAGGCAGCCAACCUGACGGCGCAUGCGCGGACGCACUCGGGUGAGAAACCGUUCCGUUGUCCAGUCUGCGACCGGCGAUUCUCCCAGAGCAGUUCGGUGACGACUCACAUGAGGACGCACUCCGGAGAGCGGCCCUAUAGUUGCCGGUUCUGCAAGAAGGCCUUCUCCGACAGCUCGACCCUGACGAAGCACCUGCGCAUCCACUCGGGGGAAAAGCCGUACCAGUGCAAGCUCUGCUUGCUCAGGUUCAGUCAGAGCGGGAACCUCAACAGGCACAUGAGGGUCCACGGGGGUUCCCUGACGUGACACAGCCUCGACGGCGACCCCAAGGAUGGCGAAACGUUUCCAGGAUGCCGCAGGGUCCCCGUGAUCCGACGUGGGACGAGCUCCCAACGGGAGCAGUAGGACGGACCCCUGGAGAGGGUCCAGGGUCCCGAUUCUUGAGUUCACACGGUGAACAAGAAUUGCGAAAGCACGAGGGACCUGAUUCUCGAGUUUAUGCGAUUUUCCUUUCUUUCGCCUACGAAUAGAUGUACAGGAAAAAUCUCGCAUCGCUGCGAAGUCGCAUAGUUGGUCAACGUUUGAAAGUCGUAUACUAAAUUGUCAACUCUUGGAUGCGAAAGUUGAUGUACAUGAUGCACAUGAAAAAUCUCACGUUGUUGCGAGUCGCGUUGUUGGUCAACAUUUGAAAGUCGUAUACCAAAUUGUUAACUCUUGCAUGCGAAAGUUGAUGUACAUGAUGCACGUGAAAAAUCUCGCGUUGUUGGUCAACGUUUGAAAGUCGUAUACCAAAUUGUUAACUUUGGCAUACAAAAGUUGAUGUACAUGAUGCACAUGAAAAAUCUCGCGUUGUUGGUUAACGUUUGAAAGUCGUAUACCAAAUUCUCAACUUUGACAUACAAAAGUUGAUGUACAUGAUGCACGUGAAAAAUCUCGCGUUGUUGGUCAACAUUUGAAAGUCGUAUACCAAAUUCUCAACUUUGGCAUACAAAAGUUGAUGUACAUGAUGCACAUGAAAAAUCUCACAUUGUUGCGAGUCGCGUCAUUGGUCAACGUUUGAAAGUCGUAUACCAAAUUGUCAACUUUAGCAUACAAAAGUUGAUCUAACAAAGUCGAGAGAAUGGUGGCCCAAGAAAUUGAUAGUACAUAGCUUGUAUACGACAUUCAACAGUUGACCAAUGACGCGACUUCGCAACGCAAAACCUUUUCAUGCGAAUCCUCUCGUAUGCGAAAAAAAAAUCCGUAUUAACUCGAGAUCGGGCUCCAGGAGGUUCUCGCCACGAAGACGAGCGCCCUCUUCAGGGCUGCUCGACUUCCAAGGAGUCCAUCGUCGAGAUGGAUGUAUAUACUUUGAUAAGACGUUGGAGAUAACGUUGCUGGGUUGUGUCCAGGUCCUGAAUUCCUACAAGCCCCAAACCGGCGUACACCCUAAAAAGUCCCAUUCCAAGUCCCCCAAAAAUCUAGAAAUUCCCCCAUAACCUAAAACCCCCCAGAAUACUGAUUAAAAAACCCGAAGGAAUCCCAAGAAUGAUAAGAAAGUCUCGGAAGUCGAUUAACAUCCCCCAGCCCCCUUAAACAAUGGGACGAAAAAGGUGGAAGAUAUUAAAAAAUGGAUUACAUUAAACUCGGAUUAAAAGUGGACAUAACUAGCGAUUAGACUAACCGGAGGUUAACGGAAAAGGACAUGGAUUAAUGAAUGAAUUAAUCCUGGGAAAAGGACGGGGUGUGUCCACCCUCGUCGCUAAUAGGCCUGCAGCAUUCACCACAGCACCGUUGAUUAUUGUACAAAUAUUGUAUUUAUUAUAAUUUUUAU